AUGAACAGGCAUCACGCCUUUGCGAAUGGCUACUCUGCCUACCCCCGCGGGCAGAGCAGAGCAUUUUCCAUCUCUCCUCAUCGUUUUCAACCACGUCCGCAAUCCGCCCUACGACGUCGAAGACAGCUCAUCCAGCGGCUAUGUCUCACCGCUGGCAUCUCUCUGCUAGUACUCGUCCUCAUCUUUCCUUCCUGGCGAGCCGCGAUUCUUCCCACAUUAUCCCUUGGACUUCUACACUCCAGCGAAGAUUUACAGCUACAGACUGUCCGAUAUUAUGAUUUGUCCAAAGUAAAAGGCACGGCGCAAGGAUGGGAGCAAGAGGAGCGUGUGCUUAUGUUGACACCUCUCCGAGACGCCUCGUCGCAUCUGCCAAUGUUCUUCUCACACCUCCGAAAUCUCACCUACCCUCACAACCUCAUUGAUCUAGCGUUCCUGGUGUCGGAUUCGAAGGAUGAUACGUUGGGAAUGCUGACGCGUAUGCUCGAGGAGGUCCAAAACGAUCCCGAUCCCAAGAUGUCGUUUGGGGAGAUCUCGGUCAUCCAAAAGGAUUUUGGGCAGAAGGUGCAGCAGGACGUGGAAAGUAGACAUGGAUUUGCUGCACAAGCGGGGCGGAGAAAACUGAUGGCCCAGGCGAGGAAUUGGCUGCUGAGUGCUACUCUACGUCCGACGCACAGCUGGGUUUACUGGAGAGAUGCCGAUGUCGAGACUGCUCCUCGCACUAUCCUGGAAGACUUGAUGCGGCAUGACAAGGAUGUCAUUGUACCCAAUGUCUGGCGACCACUCCCUGACUGGUUGGGUGGGGAACAACCGUAUGACUUGAACUCGUGGCAGGAGUCGGAGACGGCUUUGGCUCUAGCUGAAACUUUGGACGAGGAUGCGGUGAUUGUAGAGGGAUAUGCCGAGUAUGCUACCUGGCGGCCUCACCUCGCCUACCUUCGCGAUCCAUAUGGAGAUCCCGACAUGGAGAUGGAGUUGGACGGUGUCGGAGGUGUCAGUAUCCUGGCCAAGGCAAAGGUGUUUCGCUCUGGGGUUCAUUUUCCCGCUUUCAGUUUCGAGAAGCACGCUGAAACUGAAGCGUUUGGAAAGAUGGCUAAGCGCAUGGGAUUCUCGGUCAUCGGUCUUCCUCACUACACGAUCUGGCAUCUUUACGAACCCAGUGUAGACGAUCUUCGCCACAUGGAAGAAAUGGAGCAGGAGCGAAAGGCUAGGGAGAAGGAAGAGAAGGAGCAAGCCGAACGAGCUGAGCGUGUCCAGGCCCUCUUCAAGGACCCCGGGCGACAAUGGGAUAUCGACAAAGCCUUCGUGCAGGAUUCGAUUCAAAAUGAGCAGCAGGAGGCAGGCCAGAUCAAGGUCGAUGGGGUGACAGGGGCGGCAGAGGCAGAGGUGGCAGAGGUUAGAGACUUGCAGGGUUCUGCAAGUGGUCCUGUCGCUGAUUCGCCAAAGCCAAGUGUCAAUGCUGCGCCCGUCGUGCGAGGAAGUCAAUAA